GAAUCGUUGGUGUUCUCCGCGAAGCUAUCACAGCAAUGCGGCAGAGACGAGGAUAUGCUCGGAAGCAUGCGUACGCUCGCGGCGACGUGCGACGAAGAGCUCACUGACGAAGAACGAAAUCUUUUUUCGGUGGCGUUGAAGAACGUGCUUCAAUCCCUGAGAUCGAGCAUCGCCGUCGCGAAAGCGAUGGAACUGCGGGAACGACAGCUUGCGAACGACGACGGGGCGGCGCUCGCGAAGGGUUAUGCGCAGAAGCUGUCCGCAGAGCUCUCGCGUUUUUGCUCUUCGACGAUUGAGGCGAUAGAGCGACGGUUGUCCACGCCGACGGAAUCUUCCGCGCACGCGCGCGUGUUUUACCUCAAGCUUCUGGGAGAUUACUGGCGAUACACGUGUGAAGUUGACAUCGACGCCGACAAGCGGGACGAAGCCAUCGCGCAUUGUACCGACGCGUACGAAGUCGGCGUGGAACUCGCCGCGACAUCUGGGCUCACCAUGUGCGAUCCGAUACGCUUGGGAUUGUACCUGAACCAAACAGUCUUUCUUUACGAGAUCGUCGGGAAACACAGUGGCGCAAUCGCCAUCUCCAACGCCUGCGUAUGCGCAUUCGAAUCCGCUCGAGAAGCCAUCGGCGUCGCCGACGUCGCCGACGUCGGCGAGGCGAUGGCCGACGCGGAAGCGAUCGUCCAACUCAUGCGAAACAACUGCGUACUGUGG